UGUUUGGCUUUGACGUAGCUCCUUCCGAAAGUGAUUCAAAUGCAAACGGGAGAAGUCAGCGCGGCUGAAUCUAAGCUGCAGGGCUCUCGCUGGAAUCAGCUUUCUUUUAAACCCGCCCUCAAGGCCCGGAGGACCCAAGCUGUACGGCAGGUAUUGUGCUCAGAGGAAUGAGCUAAGAAAGCUGCUGCGCGGUGGCUUCUCCUUCCCCCAGCGCCAUCCUGGAGGCGGGGCGGUAGCGGGGAGGAGGAGGAGGACGAGGACCUCGCCAGAAGAACUACAACGCCCAUCGUCCUCCGGGUUGGGGCGGGCCUGUCUGUCCUCUGGCCGAGACUUAAUGGGGGACGUGUUGAUUCCACCGCCGGAGGAGCAGCGCUGAGACAGCAGGAUGGCCGUUCGGAAUGUGCUGGUGACGGGUUGUUCCUCUGGCAUUGGGCUGGCCCUAGCCUUGCGCCUGGCCAGAGAUGAGCAGAAGAGAUUCCAAGUUAUUGCUACCAUGAGGAAUCUGAAGAAGAGUCAGGAGUUGGAGAAGCAAGCAGGCCCUGUCCUGCAGAAGACUCUGGAAAUCAAGGAGCUGGACGUGACUAGUGAGGACUCCAUCCGGCGCUGCGUGGACAGCAUCCCCCAGCGCAGGGUGGAUGUGCUUGUGAACAAUGCUGGACUGGGCAUGAUCGGUCCAGUGGAAACCCAGAGCAUGGCGUCCAUGCAGCGUCUCUUUGACACCAACUUCUUUGGCUUGGUGCGUAUUGUCCGGGAGGUCUUCCCCGACAUGAAACAGCGGAACCAGGGCCACAUCGUAGUGAUGAGCAGUGUCCUGGGUUUGCAAGGUCUCCUCUUCAAUGACGUCUACUCUGCCUCCAAAUUUGCUGUGGAAGGUUUCUGUGAGAGCCUGGCUCUGCAGGCCUUGAAAUUUGGGGUCAACAUCAGCUUGAUUGAACCAGGGCCGGUGAUCACAGAGUUUGAGAGGAAGCUCUAUGAAGAAGCAGCCAAUAUGGAUCUCUCUGCAGUAGAUAAAGGAACGCUGGAUAUGUUUCAGGGCUUUUACAUGGCCUACUCCAAGGAGGUCUUCACUGCACUAGGACAAUCUCCAGAUGAAGUGGCCGAGCACACUGUGAAAGUGAUCGCCUCAGAGAAGCCUCCAUUUCGAUACCAGACCAACAGCCUCUACACGCCCAUCACCACUCUCAAACAUGCGGACCCCACUGGGAACCUGCCCCUCAACGCCUUCCAUCAGAUGAUCUUCCAGCACGAUCGGCUCUUCAAAGCCAGCCUCAGCCUCCUCAAAAUGCUCCAGUGGAGGAAGAGGCGAGACAUGGACUAUAACAAAUCCCCUUGAAAAGUGGCUGCCCCUUCCACCUCAGAGCCUCUUGCUCCUUGGAUCGGACUCAGUCAGCUUCCAGGCUUCCUAGAGAGUUUAGCAUUUAAUCUGACCUGGGCUGCAUAUACAUGUGGCCCUCGUUAUCUGUGGUUUCUUAUAUCCGUGGAUGGGUCUUAGAGAUCCAGUUUCAAUGUCCACGGUAUUACAAAUAGGUUAUUCUCACCUAUCUGCAGUUCUUGGGCCACCAGAAGUGACUUCAAAGUGUCACUUCCGGUGGCAUUUCCUGUCCAGAGGCAGUGUGGAACCAUUUUGUGGCUUGUGUUUACACACACAAAAAGCCCACAAAAAUCAGCAAAAGAUCAGCCAGUUUGGAGGGGUUUUUUGGGGGGGUGGGGUGGGGCUGGAAAGUAAGGUACUGUGCUGUACUACUUUUACUUCUGCUUCCCUCCCACAUUUUUUGUUAUUUUGGGCAAAAAAUGAAUUAUGCAGGAACCUAACCAGAUUCCCAGA